UUUCACUCACUCAAAUGCUAUGGGAGCAAGCAGCGACCCAACCCAAGACGGCUCCGACGAACAACAAAAACGUUCAGAAAUCUACACAUACGAAGCCCCAUGGCACAUCUACGCCAUGAACUGGAGCGUCCGUCGCGACAAAAAAUACCGUUUAGCCAUCGCUUCUCUCUUAGAACAAUACCCUAACCGCGUCGAAAUCGUUCAACUCGAUGACACCAACGGCCAAAUCAAAUCCGAUCCAAAUCUCUCCUUCGAACACCCUUACCCUCCCACCAAAGCUAUCUUCAUUCCCGAUAAAGACUGCCAACGCCCUGACCUCUUAGCUACCUCCAGCGAUUUCCUCCGUAUUUGGCGGAUCUCCGAUUCCGAUGAAUCUCAAUCGCGCGUUGAACUCAAAAGCCUCCUUAAUGGUAACAAAAACAGUGAGUAUUGUGGUCCUUUAACUUCCUUCGAUUGGAACGAAGCUGAACCCAAACGAAUCGGAACUUCCAGUAUUGAUACUACUUGUACCAUUUGGGAUAUCGAAAAGGAAACCGUUGAUACGCAAUUGAUUGCUCAUGAUAAAGAGGUUUAUGAUAUAGCUUGGGGUGGUGUUGGUGUUUUUGCUUCUGUUUCUGCGGAUGGUUCAGUUAGGGUUUUUGAUUUACGCGAUAAGGAACAUUCCACCAUUAUUUAUGAGAGUUCUGAACCUGAUACACCGUUGGUUAGGCUUGGUUGGAAUAAACAAGAUCCACGUUAUAUGGCUACGAUUAUAAUGGAUAGUGCUAAAGUGGUUGUGCUUGAUAUUCGUUUUCCGACGUUACCGGUUGUAGAGUUGCAGAGGCAUCAAGCUAGUGUGAAUGCCAUUGCGUGGGCACCUCAUAGUUCUUGUCAUAUUUGUACUGCUGGUGAUGAUUCACAGGCUUUGAUUUGGGAUCUCUCUUCAAUGGGUCAACCUGUUGAAGGUGGACUUGAUCCUAUUUUGGCUUAUACUGCUGGUGCUGAAAUUGAACAGCUUCAGUGGUCUUCUUCUCAGCCUGAUUGGGUUGCUAUUGCUUUCUCUAGUAAGCUUCAGAUUCUCAGGGUCUGAAAAUUAUUGGGAAUUUACUCUCUUUUGAGUCUUCAAUCCAAAGUGGGUUUAUUGUUUUUAGUUUUAUUUUAUAACUAUUUGUAUUUGUUUUGUUGUUAAAAGGUUAACCUUUCAUUUUAGUAGAUGUGAAAGUUUAAAGGGGGUUUAGGAAGAACAAUUGAACACGUAUUGGAUUGUUUCUGGUAAGAUAAAGAUAGUAUGUAAUGUUGUCACAUUCUUGUUCCAUGGAUAAUUCCUUCUAUGUAAA